AUGCUCAUCAAAGAAUAUCGGAUUCUUCUUCCGAUGACCGUUGAUGAGUAUCGAAUUGCACAAUUGUAUAUGAUACAAGUGAGUUUCAGACUAAAAACAUCUGAGUUUUCAGUUUUCUGGGAGUCUUGCAAUUUUUUAGAUCUUAAAAUUAAUUUCAAUUCCAUUGUUAGAAAUUGCGAUUUUUCCAGACUGUUAUAAUUUACUAACGUAUUUUUUUCGGGAAAAAUUUCUGGAGUGUUUUUUUUGAAAAUCACAUUUUGAAAAAUUUAUCAUUGUAAUUUUAUUUUUUUAUGUGCUUUUCCAAAUUUAGAUUAAUUUUUCCCUAGUUUUUUUUUCAGUUUUGUAGAUUUUCAGAAUUCUUUCUCAAUUUUGAUUUACAUUUUUAGGAAAAAAUAAUUAGACAAACUUCAAUUCAAAAUUUUGAUACGUAUUUUUUGACCCUCUUCAAAUUUCAGAAAAAAAUUUCAAGUUUUCUUCUCCGUUUCAAGUUUUCUCAAAUUUUCAGAGAAUUUAUUUUUAAUCAUCCCCUGACUUUCUCAGAAAUCACUUUCACAACAAAUGUUGAUCUUGGAUUUUCUUUUUUUCUUCAUUUCCUGUUUUCCUGCCUCAAUUUUCCCCUCUUGAUUCCAUCGAAAAAACCAAACAACAAUAAAAUUGCUGAAAUUUUAGCCAGACAUAAUCACCAUCAAUUAUUCUCUCGAUUUGUUUUGUUUUUUCUAGUCGCGCUGGGAAAUUUGGACUUUUUUCCUAGAAAAUUGAAUUUUUCCUUUUUUUUCUGUAUGUUGCCAGCCAGCCGUUUCCGUCCAAUUAACUUUGAUUUGAGCUUUUUUGCAAUAGGCAAAGCAAAAAAAAAAGAAAAGAAGAGCAACACAACAAAAAAGCUUUUAAGCCACCACUUUUCCAAACUAAUCAUGUGUGAAAAUUGCGAAAAAUUCACAUUAUUAGUUAGCCAAUGUUGCUAUUUUUGCUCACUCAAAAGGGAAGAAUAGGAGAAGUCUCCGGAUAUUGGCACAUACAGUUUGGAACGCUGAUCAAGACUGUACUUUUUCUGAGCUCGCCUGUGAGCUCCAAAGAAAUUGAGCUCUACUUUUUAACCGAAGAAAAAAGUGCAGAUUCGAUGCAGCCGGGUAGUGCAGCGUCUUUUAAUUUCAUACUUUCUGGUUCAAACCCCUGUCGGAACUUUUUCUAGUAUUUUCGUCAGGAAAAAAUCAUUUUACUAAUGGAUAGGGAAAAAAUGAAAUGAAAUAAUCAUAAUGAGCAAAAGGACAUGAUGAAUAUUUCAAAAGUUGGUUGGUUGGAGACACGAGUUUUUUCACGACUCAUAAAUAUUUUCGCCGCGGAUAAUUUUUCGAGCUUGGUUGGGGCUCAAAAAUUUUUUGUUCGAAAAAACACGUUUUCCUGGAACAAAAAGACAAAACAAAUUGAGGAAAUAGAAUUUUUGAACUGACACGUCAUAGAAUUAUUUGAGAGAAGAAGGAAGAUUUGAGAUAAAGUCUGGACGAAUUGAAAAACAAGUCUAGAGUAUUUCAAGGCAUAUCUCUAGGCGUGGGUCAUAGAUGAUCAGGUGCUUAAGCUCCGCUUCAGCCAUGCCAUUACAAUAAAAAUCCAACCAUCUUCUUUUUUUCAGAAAAAGAGUCGACUUGAUUCGCAUGGAAAAGAUUCGGGUGUCGAAAUAAUUAGCAAUAAACCAUAUUCAGAUGGACCUGGAAAAUCUGGACAAUAUACUUUCAAAAUUUAUCAUGUCGGAAGUCGAAUACCUGGUAAGAUUACAUAAAUAUGGUCUAAAAAAUCUUACAAUUAGUUAUGUGAUCUAUACUACCUUAGAACCUUCUAAAACCUCUCAAGAGCAUCAAAAAAAGCCUUUUUCUAUUCUUGCACUCAUUAAAAAUCCUAUCAAUUCUAAAUACCUAAUUACCAAUUAGUUUUAAUUGUUUUUCUAGCAAGCAGCUGAACCGUGUGUCCAUAUUUUUUUAUACAUUUUACUAACAAGAAAAUGAAUUUUUUUCCGCGAUUGGCACGUAUCAAAUUACAUCGUGUAUCUCGUUAACAUAAAUUUACAUGAAUUUCUAACGAAAUUUUUUCAUACAAAGCGCCUCGCAAAAUAACUGACCAGGGGAUCUCUCAAAACAAUUUAUUUAAAUUUCUUAUUUUUAGCGUGGAUUCGAACUGUGUUACCGACGAAUGCUUUGGAAGCACACGAAGAAGCAUGGAAUGCGUAUCCACAAACAAAGACAAGAUAUUCGACUCCAAUGAUGGAUAGAUUUAGUUUGGAAGUUGAAACAUUGUAUUUUGAUGAUGAUGGAAGACAGGAAAAUGUAUUUAAUUUGAAAGAUUCUGAACUUCGGAGUCGAGUUGUAGAUUAUAUGGAUUUUGUAAAAGAUCCGAUUUCAAAUCAUGAUUACGCAACAGAUGAAGAUCCCAAACUCUUUAAAAGUACCAAAACUGGAAGAGGACCUUUAUCUGAAGAUUGGGUUGAAGAACAUCGACGAAAAGGGCUCACAAUUAUGUGUGCUUAUAAAUUAUGUCGAGUUGAAUUUCGAUAUUGGGGAAUGCAAACAAGAGCUGAAAGAUGGAUACAUGAUUUGGCAUUGAGGAAUACAAUGUUGAGAGCACAUCGACAAGCAUGGGCUUGGCAGGAUGAAUGGGAUGGAUUAACUAUGGAUGAUAUUAGAAAAUUAGAAGAUGAAGCUGCUGUACAUUUGAGCAAAGUUAUGGCUGAUAAGUAAGUUUCUAAAUUACCAUAUUAAGAUUCUCAUAUUUGUCAUAUUUUUAUAGAGAGGGAAGUCCGGAUGGCGAUUCAGAAGAGGAUGAUGGAGCUGAUGCUGUUUCUGACGAUCUUUAUUUUGAUUGCACAGAUGGUUCACCUCCUCCUACUCAAAAACCAUCAAUUAUUCGAUGGAGUAGUGAAUUAGAACUUGAGAUUCAGGGAGAUGGUGAAAUGUCUCCACCAUUAACACCAGCCAAUGCUGUCAAAGAUGCUGCCCUUCUGAUUAUCGUAUUUCAUGGUGAUUUUGCACCAGAAAAUCCAGCUGAUUCGAAAACUACUGAUACAAAUACAUUUGGAUCAACGAUUGAAACAUGUGUACAAAGACAUUAUCCUCAAUUGAAAGGUCGACUUCAUAUUUUGAAUGUAUCUUGUGGUAGUGAAAUGUCAGCAACUAUUCGAAAUUUGACAAAUGUUUCACCGAGUUUUGGAGUUCUUCAUCCAUCUCUAGCUUUGAUGCUUCCAUCAGCUUCACAUUUAUAUAAUGAGGCUGUUGAAGGAACAAUUCGACGAGCAAAUGAGACUUAUGCAGAGUUCAUAAAUACUCAGCCGAAUUUUAAUGGAGAAGUAUUUUUGGUUGGUGAUUGUGUUGGGGGAAUAUUUCUAUAUGAAGCGAUGACAAAGAAAUGUGAUUUUUUGAAACGUCAUUCAUCAACAAAUAUUGCUGCAAGAAUAAUCAAAGAACAUCAAGAAUCGGUAACAUAUUUCUUAAAAUCACAAACAAAAUUGUAUUCAUUCCAGAGUCCUAACGGUUCCCUAAUCGAUUUAUCAGAUAAUAUCUCUGCUGCAUCACUACCAGCCAAUAAUUCCACAUCAUCACAUCAAAAUGGGAAUUCAGUGCGGCGAUCGUGUCGAAAUUAUUCGGCACCGCCGUCCGCGUCGUACGUGCGUAAAAAAAUUUCGCUUGUUUCUGUUGAUUCUGUUACUGUGAGUAGUUUAAUCUAACCUCUCUUUAUUGUGUUCGAAAUAUUUCAUCCCGUUAGAUGUUUUUUAAAAUAGAAUUCUAAGUUUUCUAACUCGUCCACCCCUUGGUUCAUAAUUCGCCAAACACUUCUUAGGUUAGGAGAAAAUAUGUUUCAGUUUCCGUCUUCUCGUCUGAAUUUCCAACCUUCUACAGUUUUCUUACUUGGAUGCCCACUUGGCCUCGCACUAAUGCAGAAGAAACUCGAAGCUCAAGAUAUAGAAACCUUGGAUUCAUGCCAACUUUUCAAUUUGUAUUAUCCACUUGAUCCAUGUGGAGCUAGAAUUGAGCCAGUUCUCAAUUCUCAAUUGGCUUAUCAUCAACCACACGCAGUUCCAAAAUAUCAAAGAUAUCCAUUAGGAGAUGGAAAAUCACAACAUUAUGAUUCAACUAUUGAUCGAACAUGUUUAUGGGGAUCAAAGAGAAUCGAUAAUCUUUUAUAUUGUCCAAAUGCAAUGAUUGCUUUGCCAUCAACAGCUCUUCCAAAUAUUCUACAUGCUUCAUAUUGGGAAUCUUGCGAUGUUGCUGCUUUUCUUUUACGACAAUUUGUUCGAAGUGGCGGUGAUGAUGAUUUAUCACUUAUGCCAACAUUAUCAUCAAGUAUGAAUAAUAUUCCACUAAAUAUUGAUCUUCCACAAAUGCAUUGGAAAAGAAGACGAACAAGAUUCAAGAUUGCGAAUUUGGCUGCAAAUCAUCGAGCAAAUGAUUUGUUGGUGACAGCUGGAAUGGAUAUAAAUAUAUCAGCAAAGUUUUGUUAUGGUCCAAUGGAUCUAGUUGCAUUAUCUCGAGAAGCAGUUAGUGUAUUUGUAUGUCCUCAACGUGGUGAAUGGUAUCUUCACGGUGUUGCUGAUACUGAUUCUCAUGGUCGAUUACAAGUUCAACUUGCUAAAAGUCUUCCAUGUGGUAUUCAUUCCAUCAAAAUUGUUGUUCACGGUGAUCGAAGUUAUCUGGAUACUUUUGUCGCCGUUGUUCCACCAGCCACGAAAUGCGCAGUUUUCUCCGUGGAUGGAUCACUAACUGCUUCGGUUUCGGUGAGCGGAAAAGAUCCACGUGUUCGAGCGGGAGCUGUUGAUGUAGUAAGAUAUUGGCAAGAACAAGGAUAUUUGAUAAUUUAUAUGACAGCGAGACCAGAUAUGCAACAACGAGUUGUUUCAGCGUGGUUAGCACAGGUAAUUUGAAAAAUUAUUCAGUUUCAAUGGAAUAUUUAAAUUUUCAGCAUAACUUUCCUCAUGCUUUAUUGUUUUUCAACAAUUCUAUUUCAACUGAACCGCUUAAGCAAAAAACUUUACUCUUACGACAUCUUAUUGAUAUGGGUGUUCAAAUACACGUCGCAUAUGGAAGUUCAAAAGAUGUUUCAGUUUAUACAUCAGCUGGAAUUGAACCAGAACAUGUUAUUUCAGUAUCAGGCGGUUCAAGGAGAAGAAUUUGUGUUCAUAUUGGUAAGAUAUCUAACAAUUUGUCAGUAUCAAAUAGAAUUUCAAUUUUCAGACAAUUAUUCAUCUCAUUUAUUAGAUCUUCAAACGGGUCAUUGUGUAUUAGGCCAACGAAUUGAGCAAGAAAAUAAUAGUUUACAGUUACACAGGUUUGUUUAUAUUAUCUCACAAUUUAUCAAUCAAUCAAUAUUGAUUUUUCAGAAAUGUACAACGAACACCUUCUUUCACACCACGUGGCGGGAAAUUUGAAAAUGAAAAAGAGCUUCGAAAAUAA